UGAUCUUAUAAGCUUGUCAGCAUCGCAGUUACAGAGAAAAAGAGAGAGAGAGAGAGAGAGAAAGUGUAAUGGCAAUGGCAACAAUGGGAGAGAGUCCACGAAGCCCAGAAGCGAAGUUGGGGAUGCGAGUGGAGGAUCUUUGGGACGUUCAGGAGCCACAGUUGAGUCCCACUGAGAAGCUCAACGCUUGUUUUGAAAGCAUCCCUGUCUCUGCUUUUCCUUUGGAUCCUUCAAACACAGAAAUUGAGAUUAAAUCAGACGCGACCCUAGCAGAUGCUGUUAAGAUAUUGGCGCGACACAACGUAUUCAGCGCACCUGUGGUGGAUGUUGAGGCGCCUGAAGAUGCUAGUUGGAUGGAUAGAUACAUCGGAAUUGUUGAGUUUGCUGGAAUUGUUGUAUGGAUUUUGCAUCAGUCUGAACCUACAUCUCCUAGGUGUCCAUCCACUCCAUCCAGUGCAAGGGCUAUUGCAGCUGCAGCUAAUGGAGCGGCUUUUGCUCUAGAACUUGAAGCCUUAGGCCUCGGAUCUGCUGCAACAACUGCAGGAAACUUUUUUGAGGAUCUCACUUCUUCUGAACUUUAUAAGAAUACCAAGGUUCGUGAUAUUUCAGGGACAUUCCGCUGGGCGCCGUUUCUUGCUUUAGAGAGAUCAAACUCAUUUCUAACCAUGCUCUUGCUGCUUUCUAAGUACAAGAUGAAGAGUGUUCCUGUGUUGGAUUUAGGCUCUGGUACAAUUGAUAACAUUAUUACACAAUCUGCUGUGAUUCAUAUGCUGGCAGAAUGCGCUGGACUUCAGUGGUUCGAAAGUUGGGGAACCAAGAAGCUAUCUGAAGUUGGUCUUCCCCUGGUGACAGGAAAUCAAAUCAUCAAGGUUUAUGAGGAUGAACCAGUCCUCCAAGCAUUUAAAGUAAUGAGGAAAAAGAGGGUUGGAGGGGUGCCUGUAAUCGAAAGAGAGACCAAAAAGGCAGUUGGUAAUAUAAGUUUGCGAGACGUUCAAUUCUUGCUAACUGCACCAGAAAUCUAUCAUGAUUAUAGAGGUAUUACAGUAAAGAACUUCCUGACUGAGGUUAGAAGCUACUUGGAGAAGAAUAAAAAUGCAUCCCCAAUGUUAAGUGAAUAUGUCACAUGCAAAAAGGACUGCACAAUCAAAGAAUUGAUUCAGCUGCUUGAUCAAGAGAAGAUUCAUAGAGUCUAUGUAGUGGAGGAUGAUGGGGAUCUGCAAGGACUAAUCACACUAAGAGAUAUCAUCUCAAGGCUAGUACACGAACCGCGUGGCUAUUUUGGUGAUUUCUUUGAUGGCGUUCUACCGCUGCCUGCAAACACCAGAGUUUAACAGGCAAGGUUACAAGGGAGAAUAACCUGCUGGUGCAGCUUUUUCUUUUUUGUUUUUGAAAUAUUUUUUUCAAGUAAAAAGGGAAAAAAAAUACAAAUAGAUCUAUGUGCUUCUCUUCAGGGUUGAAGACGAGUGGUUGGAUCUUUAUAUAACGUGUAGGCAGUUUGCAAGUUAAUUGCAUCACUUUUAUUAAGUGUUAGAGUGAGAUUUGUGUGUACUGUAAAUUCUGGUGUAAGUGUAAGUAACCAUAAGUUUUGUUAACUUUUGAAAUGCAUUUUCUUUUCCCUUCA